AUUGUGUUUGCUUUUUCCAGAAAUCUUUUCCCUCCCAGCCAUGCUGUAAUCUUAUUUCGCGCGCAUGGAUUGAUUUUCAAAAGAAAGAUUCGUUUUUGACGCGAUGAUGACGGAACGUCAACGGUGCUGGACGCCAAAGGCGUUGCCAAUGGACUCGGGCAGUUUCUUCACCGGAGAAAGGGGAUUCCGUCUCUUCACUGAUGUGGCCGAUUUCGUCGAAUCUAAAGUAAAAGAGCACAAAUCGAGGAUUUUCCAAACCCGGGUUCUCUUGAAACCGACAGCUAUCGUCGUUUCUAAUUCCGCAGUCGCUGCACUUUUGUUCGAUGAUGGGUCUGAGUAUGAGCUUGGAUAUGAUGAUUACUUCAAAAGGCUUUUUGGCGACACAUUGUUCCUGGUUGAAGGUCCGGAAGCAAAACUGCUGAGGGAAUCGUUGCGGCCCCUAUUCGCUGAGUCCAUGCUUCAAUCAUACCAAGUUGAAUUGAGGGAGCGGAUGAGGAGGCCCCUGGCAGAUUUGGCGAAGUGUCCACGCGUGAACGUAUACAAGUAUUUCAAAGCCCAAAGUAUGGCACUGUGCCUUGAUGUGUUCCUCGGUUCUUCGCCGAAUGGUGCUUCAGCACAGCUGAAGGAAGAAAUAGCCGCGUUAGUGUCCACACACUGGCAUGGCGUUCUUUCCAUUCCCUUGGAUUUUAAAUUUCCGAUGCUGAUGUCGAGUGCGUAUCGGAAAGCUGUGGAUGCGAGAGAAAAACUUGUCAAGCUCAUCCUUAGGCGGCUCAGAGAAUCCGACGAUGGAUUCCUGGGCUGUUUGAAGAGUACUAAGAUGAGUGAAGAGCUGCAAGUGCAGUUUUUGCUGCUAGCUGUUUCUGCUUUGAUUCCAAAAGCAUUCGCAUCUCUGAUGACCAGUUUCUUCUGCAGCUCAGAACAUUGGCAACCCCUGGUGGAUGACGAUGGCAUCAUUUCUGACGAAAACUUGAGCAACGUUCUUCUGGAGGUGCUCCGUUUGUACCCACCUUUCAUGGGAGGUCGGCGAGUAGCGAAACGGGAUACGGUUUUGGACACCUAUCUGAUUCCCAGGGGUACUCCUCUGGUGUACAUUAACAUGGGAGCACACACGGACCCAGCUGUGUUUCCGGAUCCCCAUUGCUUCCGUCCUUUCCGUUGGAAGCACGAGAACUCUGGUGAUCAGCGGAAACUCUUCACGUUCGGUGGUGGAGCACGGACGUGCAUCGGGUACAAAUUGAUCUUCUCGGGAUGGAAGAUGAUCUGCAGAAUUCUGAUCUCGGAGUUCACGUGGGAGGUGGAUAGAGCGUCGGCGGAUGUGAAACUCAAGUACCUGCCGGUUCUGCGACCGAAGGACCCGCUGUACGUCAAGUUUCGCCCGCGUUGAAAGAAAUACGCGUGACACUUCGCGUUGUUCUUGGGUACGAUCACUUCCAGCGAUUCCGUCUUUCUUUUUUUCCCCCAAACCAUUCUGUGAAAUAAAAUUGGCCCAAAAUUGAAACAUUCGAUAGGAGAAAAAAAACCACGUGUUCUCUGGAAGUGAUCUUGCUGAAUAACUCCUGUCAGGCGCGAAUCCGUGACGAGAAUCUCAAGGAUAAAAUCGGGUUCUUGCGGGAAUUUAUUUACGUACAAUAUAUUUGAAAGUCGUCGCAUCCACCGGUUCUCAUCGGAAUGGAAGUAAUUAUUUAAUCGUUCGUUGGUUUAGACGCUCAGAGCGAGUAACGGACGACAGCAAUGUUCCAGUGAGAAAUUUUUCCUCAUGAAAAAGGACUCCAGGCAAUAGAAACAGAUUCAGGGUGAUUCUGUUCAACCUUGUUAGCUUUAGAAUGCGGCGCAGAAGCAUCUGCUUUAAUUGGAUUGUUGAGACCUUGAUGAGUUAUUGCUCUUCAUCGUUACCUCAGGUUGCUUUAAUGGUUGUUCUACGCUUUGAGUUUAUGCGUUGGAAGUCAGUUUUACUGUGUUACUCUCCGGAGGCAACGAAUGAUCAAAGUUCAGCAAUCGCGUAUGUUCACAGGAAUUUUCGGGAUUCCUUGUUAUUUUGAUUUCAUUUCUACAUUCCUCGACUGACAAGAAAAAUAGUGUUGUUUGCGUUGAUCACUGAUUAUUGCUGUGUUUGUUGGACGCGUUCCAGUGGAAGCUGUUGGAUAAAGGCUCGAACUCGGGAUGUUUACGAAUCCUGCAGUUUGCAAA